AGACAGCCCAAGCCAGCUGCUCACAUUCCAAGAUCUGCUCUCUUCCUGGAACACUUCUGCAGGAAGGGCAGACCAUUACACUGUAAAGGUUCACUGAACCAUCACUUUGUCUUUUUAGGCCUGGAAAAGUUCCCUGCUCUGUAAACUGACUCUGCAGAAAAGGGCAGACUGACUGACAGAGACACACAGCCAGAAACAACUGCCAGUGCUGCAGUUUGGGCUCAGAAAACCCCUACGAGUAUAGGAAAUCAGCUUUGCAUGAGCAGAACACUACACAAUGAGUCCAUGUUUGCUUGCAGCUGGACACGGGAUCAUUCCAAUUAUUAAGCUUUGCAAACAUUUUGACAAAUAUGGUCUGAACUUUCAGUUCAUGACUAAACCUAGAACCAGACAUUCUUCAUCUGUUCCUCCACACAACUCUGGUGCAGGGUUUGUAAAUUCCUGUGGAUUCUCAAUUACAACCAAGGGCCACCAGCUGGAGUUUCAGUAUUGCUGUCAGUACCUCACCCAGAGCACAGGUCAAAGCUUUUCUCACGGUUUCCCAAACCAACCAAACAAAAAAUAAAGAUUUCCCUGACUUCCCUAAUGUGCCAUGUUAUUUUAAUAGUCCUUGGAAAAUAUCCAAAUAUUUAGAAUGUUCAUUGCAAUCAGCAGAACCCCAAGGUGUCUUCAGACCUGCCAGCUAAGGUGAAACUCUAAAACAAACGCCAUGAGAUCCCCAGAACCUUGAGGAACAGCUCCAUUGCAAAGUCCUGAUUUCAGGCAGAUUUCUAAUGUGAGAUACCCGUGGGGAAGGGGGAAAGGAGAGCUCCAGACUGACGAAAACAGAAGCAAAGGGGCUGAUGCCACACAGAUACAGCCCCCACACCUCUCCCCCAGAACAGGAAAGCGAGGGCUCUGGGCUGUUCCGUGAGCCCUUAUUGCUUUCUGUCACUGCUCUUCUGGGUAAUCCCCACGUGAUUCAGCUGCUUGAAUCUGGGUUUAACUGCGUCAAUCAGCCCCUCUGGAAACCACAGCCCCAUCUGGGCCCGGCAGAGCAGCCUGGGCAGCAGGUCACACACCAGCCUGGGCAGCAGGUCACACACCAGCCCUGCAGAGCAGCCCUCGGGGACACCAGAACUCUGCAGACCAUGCUCAGGACACCCCCGGCCACCAGCACAGGUCUGUGAUACCUCCUGUCAGCAAAACUAACUCACACAAGGAGUUUACAAUGUCAAGCAACAUUUCUGAAUGUCAUCUCUAUGAAGAAAUGGAACCCUUUACCUAUUUUUACUACUUGAUUUUUCUUAUGGGAAUUAUUGGAAGCUGUUUUGCACUGUGGGCAUUCACACAGAAGGAACAGAAACAGAAGUGCAUGAGCAUCUACUUGAUCAACCUCCUCACUGCAGAUUUCCUGCUGACUUUGACACUGCCAGUGAAGAUUAUUGUUGACCUAGGAAUCGCAUCCUGGAGUCUGAGAAUAUUCCACUGCCAAGUCACGGCCUGCUUCAUCUACCUGAACAUGUAUUUGUCAAUCGUAUUUCUGGGAUUCGUGAGCAUGGAUCGCUGCCUGCAGCUGAUGCACAGCUCCAAGAUGUACCGCGUGCAGGAGCCGGGCUUUGCCAAGACGCUGUGCGCGGUGGUGUGGGCCAUGCUCCUGCUCAUCACCGUGCCCAACAUGGCCAUUCCCAUCCGGCACAUUGAGGAGCGCCCGGGCGUCGGCUGCAUCGACCUCAAAACCCAAUUCGGGAGGGACUGGCACGUGUUCACCAACUUCAUCUGCACAGCCAUCUUCCUGAACUCCUCGGCGGUGGUGCUGGUGUCCAACUGCGUGGCGGUGCGGCAGCUGCGGCGGCACGGGCGGAGCGGGGAGCGCGGCGGGCGCGCGCGGCGGGCGCUGGCGCACGUGUUGCUGGUGACCGGGGCCUACCUGCUGUGCUUCGUGCCCUACCACGCCGUGCGCAUCCCCUACACGCUGAGCCAGGCCCGCGCCAGCGCCGCCUGCCCCCUGCGCCGCGCCCUCUUCAAGGCCAAGGAGGCCACGCUGCUCCUCGCCGUCUGCAACCUCUGCCUCGACCCCCUGCUCUACUACCACCUGUCCAAGGCCUUCCGGCUGAAAUUCACCGAGGCCUUCGCGGCCCCUAAGGAGACAAAGGCGCUCACGGCCACAGAGAUGGCACAGCAGAGCCCAGGGCAGCCCUGCAGCCCGGCCCGUGAAACAGCAGGAGAGCCAAGGGCAGAGCUGCAGCCCUGCCCGUGAAACAGCAGCAGAGCCCAGGGCAGAGCUGCAGCCCUGCCCGUGAAACAGCAGCAGAACCAAGGGCAGAGCUGCAGCCCAGCCCGUGAAACAGCAGGAGAGCCCAGGGCAGCCCUGCAGCCCUGCCCGUGAAACAGCAACAGAGCCCAGGGCAGCCCUGCAGCCCUGCCCGUGAAACAGCAGCAGAGCAGAGCACACCUGCAGCACCAGCAGCUGCUGGGGGACUGCAGCUGUGGCAACACUGCUGACAGCACUCCUGAGGAGCCAUGAGCCCAGGCAGGUGGGAAACAUCACCAAGGAACACCUCUGGCUGAGUGACUGCUCACACCGUGCCCUGAGCACUCACAGCCUCCAGAGAUGCCCUCACCAACAGCCCAAAGAACAGUGCUGACCCACCAGGCAUCAGCAACGCGUGAGAAUACACAUUCAGACUCAAAUAUACCUUGGAAUUAUUUAUGGCAGACACCUGGACUCGCCUUUACUAAGUUAAAUAUUGUGCAUUUUUGAUAUUAAAGGACUUGGUGCUAUCAAGUGAAGAAAUUAGCAAACAGCAGCUCUUCAGCUGCAAAGCUGAUUUGACAAGACUAACCAAAAAGCAUUUCAGAGGGCAUUAUUUACUCCAAAAAGGGAUUUUAAACUGUACUGAUUAAAAAUUAUUGUAUCUGCUUACACCACACCUGCAAGGCUUCAUAAAUAAAUUUCCUCUUCUUGCCAA